UAAGUGAUAGACAGUUCGGGUUAGUCAUAGAAAGUAGGACAAUUCUAACUUUGUGGACUGUUCUGAUUUGGAGUACAGUUCUAAUUUGGUGCAACGUUCUCAUUUAGUGCAAAGUUCUGAUUUGGUGCAGUUCUGAUUUGGAGUACAUUUCUGAUUUCUCGGAUUGCUUUGUGUGACGGUGAUGUGUAUUUCAUUGCGCCGCCUCUAGAGAGGGGGCAUGGCACCAUGAGGCGCCGGUCCGGCACCCUAGAGGGCGCUGCCUGACGUACGUAGUCCACUUCCCAUGCAGUCCAGCUGUAGGAAUGUUGGUUCGCGGUCCGUCCCGGUAUCCAGCACACAGUUUCCCAAGCACGUGCUCCAGCGGAAGUGACGCGAGAGUAUGCGAUACAAACCCCAGGGGCGACGGAGGAAGAUAUUCUAGGGGGAGAACACUCACCUGUUGCAAGCCGCGCGGUGCGAACGAUGAGUCGUCUGCCCUGUCGGAUGCUUGAGUUGCUGCUUCGUUGUGUGCCGCUGCUGCUUCUACUGGCACCAGACCCGACGGCUGGGACGGGAGUCUUCCAACUGCAGCUUGAGAGUGUGCGGAAUGUGCGGGGUGAGACGGCUGUAGGCACGUGCUGUGAUGAGGGCGAGGACCCCUCCAAAGGGUGCAAGGACUCGUGCGAGACAUACGUGCGGGUUUGUCUCAAGGAGUUUAUGGACAUCGUGUCGGCUGAGGGCCACUGCACGUUCGGGAACUUCACGACGGAGGUUCUGGGAGGCAAUGAGUUCAGAUACCCAUUGGAUAGCCACCAGACGCUCGUGCAGAUUCCCUUCGGCUUUGCGUGGAUGAGGGCGUACACUUUAUUGGUAGAACUCUGGGAUAAAGACAACCACGGGCCUGACGACCUGAUCGAGCGUAUCGUGACGACGGGUAUGAUUGUACCCGGUCAGGACUGGCACACCAUCAACUACAGCGGCAUCACGGCCAGCGCCACCUUCCGGCUGAGGGUCAGGUGUAACGAGCACUACUACAACACCACGUGCACCAAGCUAUGCAGACCAAGAGAUGAUAACUUUGGACAUUUCACCUGCGACACUCAAGGCGACAAAAUUUGUCUACACGGGUGGAUGGGCGCAGAGUGCGACAUUGCCAUCUGUCGUCAAGGGUGUCACGCCAUCCACGGGUCUUGCAACAAGCCAGGAGAGUGCAACUGCGCCUAUGGAUGGCAGGGUCCGUUGUGUGACCAGUGUAUCCCCUACCCUGGGUGCAAGUACGGAUCAUGUAACGGCUCCCCCUGGCAGUGUAUCUGCCACCUCAACUGGGGAGGAAUCCUCUGCGACAAAGACCUCAACUACUGCGGACGCCACCACCCCUGUAAGAACAGCGGGCUGUGCCGCAACACCAACCCAGACUCCUACGACUGCUCAUGUCCUGUCGGCUUCUCGGGGGUCAACUGUGAAAUCGCGGAACACGCCUGCUCAUCUCAGCCGUGUAGAAACGGCGGUUCGUGUGUUGAUGUCGUCAGUGGCUUUGUGUGUAACUGUGCUGCCGGCUGGACGGGAGACACGUGCGAUAUAGAUAUAGACGAAUGUGUAUCAAGCCCCUGCAUGAAUGGAGGAAAGUGUAUUGAUAAAGACAAUGGCUAUAGAUGUGAAUGUCCUGAGGGGUGGCAGGGCCCCCACUGCCAGCUGGAUGCGGAUGAGUGCCAUGGCAGUCCGUGUGUGAACGCGCUGGCCUGCAGGAACAUCCAGGGUAGUUUUAUCUGUGACUGUCAACCUGGCUGGACGGGCAAGAAGUGUGAGAUCAAUAUAAAUGAUUGCAGAGAUGUUGUUUGUGAGAAUGGAGCAUUUUGUAUGGAUUUGGUUGGUGAUUUUUACUGUCAAUGUUUACCUGGCUACACUGGGCGCUACUGCCAAGUGGAAAUAGAUGAAUGUGCCAGCCAGCCUUGUAAAAAUGGGGCCAUUUGUCAUGAUAAAAUUGCAUCUUACCAGUGUGAAUGUCCAAAUGGCUACACAGGGCUGUACUGCCAGACUGAUGCUGACCCGUGCAACCCAAACCCCUGUAAACAUGAAUCUACAUGCUUCAACAUCCAAGGAGAUUUCUACUGCCACUGUAAUGAAGGGUGGGAAGGCAAGGACUGCUCACAUCAGCGCUUACACUGUGACUCCACCUCAUGUGAAGUGAUUGACAGCUGUACAGUGUCCAUUCCCCUGAACUCGUCAGUUGGGGGGUUCAGGCUGAUAUCCUCAGGGGUCUGUGGCAGGCAUGGUGUUUGCAUCAGUCAGCCCAAUGGAGCUUUUUCAUGCGCCUGUGUCCCGGGCUACAUGGGCACCUACUGCCAUCAAAAUAUUGAUGACUGUGCGAGCAAUCCAUGUCAGAAUUUUGGCACAUGCAUUGAUGGAGUCAACUCGUACCAGUGCAUCUGUGCUGAUGGAUGGGAGGGGGCUUUGUGCAAUAUAAAUAAAGAUGAUUGUGAAAUGAAUCCGUGCAGGAAUGGUGGAGAGUGCAAUGACCUGAUAGCUGAGUUUCAGUGCAAGUGUGCCAACAACUGGAAGGGAAAAACUUGCUCCAUAAAAGAAAGCCACUGUGAGGCAAUGACCUGUUUAAAUGGGGGCACUUGUGUUGACCUUGGUGACACAUUUUCCUGCAGAUGCACAGAUAGGUGGAAAGGAACAUUUUGUCAGAUUCCUACUAAAAGGCCCUGCGAGUCAUCCCCCUGCCAGAACAGGGGCACAUGUGUCAACAGUGGGGACAGCUACACCUGUAUCUGCAGAGAUGGGUUUGAGGGCCCAACUUGUGGCAUCAAUAUCAACAACUGUAAUCCUUUCCCAUGCUAUAAUGGAGGAACUUGUAUUGAUGGAGACAACUGGUAUGUGUGUGACUGUGCCAAAGGUUUCUCAGGACCUGACUGCAGAAUUAAUAUAAAUGAGUGCACAUCCAACCCAUGUACAUAUGGCAGCACCUGUAUUGAUGGUAUUGCGUCUUUUCGCUGUAUUUGCCCACCUGGGAGAACAGGAACUUUAUGUGAAGCAGUAAUUGGCCAGCUUCCGUCACCCAAGUCAUGUGAACAUGGACGGCGCAUCUUUUCUGAUGGCACUACAUGGGAACAUGACUGUAAUGCCUGCAAGUGUGACAAUGGUAUUGUCAAGUGUACAAAGAUGUGGUGUGGCCCUAAGAACUGCCUGAACCACCCCAAUAUUUCCAGUCCAGUGUUCCUGUGUGAGCCAGACCAGACGUGUGUUGUCCAGACUCACAUGACCUGCCUAACGCCUCCUUGCCUGCCUUUUGGAGAAUGUAGGGCGCUGGAGUCGGUCAAGGAAAUCCCCAGCCCUGGCAGUGAAUGGACCUGCAUUCCAAACCAAGCUCACCUGGGCAGCAACUGUGCUAAAAUUAUUCUCAUUUUUGAUAAAACAAAAAUGCCUCUGGGUAUUUCUGUUGAAAGUAUUUGCAACAGUCUGCGCCAAUUGCCUCAGCUAAGAGGAGUUGUCAAUGAAGAAACUCUGUAUGUGAUGUGUGCAAUAAAACCCCAAGAACAGGACACUCUGGAGAUCACCUUGUCAGCCAAACUUGAGGGCAGUAAUUUAAAUGCUAAGAACACAGUGAGCCAGGCUUUAGACAAAAUGGCAAUGGUUUUGUCACACAAACAGGCAAACAGUAGCGCUCUGGCAGCUGUCAUAGAGAUCAGGCUAGAAACAGCAAUCAGUGAAGAUGACAGUGAAGAACCUUCUUAUCUGAUACCUGUGCUGUGCUCAGUGAUUGCUCUGCUAGGUGUGGCCUGCAUCAGUAUUCUCAUCAUCUGGCACAGACGCGUACAGAGACGAAGAAGACACCUGCGUGAUGAGUACCUGGCCAGCACACAAACAGCAGCAAACAAUGAAAAUCAGGAUAACAUCAGGCGCUACCGCAACCCAAUCUUUUCAUCCAGUGAUAAAAGGGGAAUUCCCAAAGCAGUUCCGACUGAAGAGCUGCAUGACAUUGACAUGGAGAAGUAUGACAAGAAUCCCCGGAGAUACCUCGCACCAGAGGACUCAUCCUCUCCUGAUUUAAAUGACAUCCAGGAGUAUAGGCCACAGCCAAAGAAAAACAACAAAAAAGACAUCAACAUUCAGCUGUCUAGAUCAUUACUUGAUGAGCCAGAAGUGAUUGUCUAGCAUUAAAAAACUGAUUCUCAUCAUAAAGCCUGUUACAGAAAUCUUGAGCAGACACAAUGCCACAUUGGUAAAACAUGAAAAGAUUUUAAAUACAUUACUGCUGCUAUAUUUAAACAGACUGCAUUUAAUCAAACGUUACUGGGGUACUUGUCAUAACCCAUUGGUACUGAUAGCAUCAAUCGUUACUUUAUUCAUGGAAGCCAUAUGCUACAAAAGCAUACAUCUACAUACUUGUUCAGUAUAAACAUUCUGUGUUUACUGUUUAAAUGAUUACAAACAUUCUGUGUGUUUUUACUGUUUGUAUUUCACAAAUGACUCUCUUGAUUGGAUUAUUACAAGGCUUGGAUUAUGCUGAAAUUGAAUACAGUUAAUUAAAACAUUUCUGGACAGCAGCCUGACCCUGAUACAAAUAGUGACUCUUCAGUGACCACAUGGAGUGAUACCCCUGUCAUCACAAAAGUGAUACCCUUCUCAUCACAAUCGACUUUGAACAAUAUUUGAUAUUUUUAGUUCAAGUGAAAAUAUGGAGUUGGUCUUUGUGCACAUUUCAAGUAAUUCUUAAUGAUGAAUUUGAUGGAUAAUUUAACUUUAAUGUAAAUUUUAAAAAUUGGUUAUUUGUGAUGGUUUAUACAUUUUACAUAUGAAUUAGCUUUGUAUGUGGAAAUAAGUUUUUGGUUUACUUCAUAUAAGAAUGUUUGCAAAUAAAUCAGCGCUUUAACAAUUGUGAAAGAAUCUACUUGGACUAGAAAAAUUAAUUUAGAAAAAAGAUUUUUACCUUGGCACUGUCAUCAUCAUUGCUAAUGGAACUUUUUAAUUUGUACAAUGUUUUUAAAGACACAGUUGUUUUGCAUGUUCAAGGCCAGUUAAUGAUUGCAUUUGCAUAAAAAAAACACCUCAUGUAUUUUCCUAUUGACUAGGUGGUACCUUAUACAGUUUUGUCUUGUUGACUUGGUUGUUGGUUUUGUCUUGUUGGUAUAAAAGAAUCCAUUGUUUUUACCAAAGGCAUGCUGAAUAAUUCUAAUGGAAUUUAAUUUCUUUGCAUUUAUCUAGUGACUCUUUUUUUUUCUCAUGGAACACAAAUAUUUGUCAAACCUAAAACUGGAAUUUUUUUUACAGCCACUAUCUGUAUUACUGUAUUAUCAUUGUGUGUAUUCAUGACUUUUUUAAAUUAGUUGUACAUAUUUUACUGUAAAAUCUGUCUCAGUGUCAGACUUAAAAGCAGGUAUUGUCUUAAUAAGAUAUUCACCUAUGAAAAUAUGAACACACACGUUUUUAAAAUACCUGUUUGUGAAUAUAAGAUAAAAAAAUUUGGCUCUAACAAUUGAAAAAAGUAAAAUGCCUUUAACUUUCUUGAUUUAAAAAUGAGACGAGACUAUAGAUUCUUAUAUUUAGUUAGAUCUGGAUAUUAGGGCCUAUGUCUUUUCAAACUAAUAUUCCAAUAAAAUGAGUGCCAUGGCAUCAGCCUUGUUUGAUCCUCCAACCCCAAUACCAUUGGCAGCAGGUCAACAGCCUUCACCUGAAUGAAUGUGAAAAAAUAUGGUACAGUGCAUUUGCCAUAAUAAUAUUCACUUUUCGAAUAUUUUGUCAUUUAUAGAAUGUAGAUUUUAAUUUUUAUCUCUGGUUAAGCAUUCGACUGUAAUUUAAUAUUCACCUGCUGUAAAUAUCUUGAAACUAUUUAUUGAUCAUAAUCAAUCAUGCCAUACAGAAAUAUCCAUUAAUAAAGAUUUGAUUGAAUAUUAAAAUAUUCAUCAUUUAUUAAUCACGCAUUGAUUGCGUAAUGGUGCAAAAUCA